AUUGAAGCGCUUAUGAUGGAGAUGCAGAACCCAGAUGUGGGCAUCAAGACGCAGACGCAGAGGGUGAUGAUCACGAACAUCCCACACGCUGUGGCAGGUAACGAUGUAUUGCAGUGGAUUCUCCAGCGCUUGCAGAUCGCUGAGGAAGAAGCACUUCACCUGGGGGACCUAUUUGUCAAAUAUGGAUACAUCUACCCUCUCCAGGAGCCAAAGAAUCUCACCCUUAAGACAGAUGGCAGCCUGUACAGGUUUCAAACCCCCUAUUUUUGGCCCGUGCAGAGCUGGCCUGCUGAUGACACAGAUUACGCAAUUUACCUAGCAAAGAAGAACAUUAAGAGGAAAGGGAUUUUAGAAGAAUAUGAAAAGGAACAUUACAACAUGCUCAAUCAAAAAAUAAACUACAAGUGGGAUUUUGUUAUUAUGCAGGCCAAAGAGCAGUAUAAGGCAGGGAAGGAGCGGAAGAAGGCGGACAGAUACGCCCUGGACUGCCAGGAGAGAGCCUACUGGCUCGUGAACCGAACUCCUCCCGGCAUGCUAGACGUCCUAGAUUAUGGAUUAGACCGCGUAACGGAUCCCAAUGAAAAUAAGAAAAAAACGAUGGAUGUUUAUAGGAGGGAGAUCAUGUACUACCAGCAGGCCAUCAUGAAGCCCAGAGUGAAAUCUUCUGUCUCUCUUGGAGGGCUUGUGAAGUACUCUGAGCAGUUCCUCUCCAAUGAUCCUAUCCUGUCUGGCUGUCUCCCCAGCAACCCCUGGAUAACAGAUGACCCUGAGUUCUGGGAUCUCAAUGCAAAACUAGUGGAAAUCCCCACCAGAAUGCGCGUGGAGCGAUGGGCCUUCAAUUUCAGUGAACUGAUCCGAGAUCCGAAGGGUCGGCAGAACUUCCAGCUCUUCCUGAAGAAGGAGUUCAGCGGAGAGAAUCUGAGUUUCUGGGAAGCCUGUGAGGAUCUCAAGUAUGGAGACCAGUCCAAGGUCAAGGAAAAAGCAGAAGAAAUUUAUAAGCUUUUCCUGGCUCCCGGAGCAAGGCGUUGGAUUAACAUUGAUGGCACAACAAUGGGCAUCACGGUCAAAGGCCUCAAGCAUCCUCAUCGUUAUGUUCUAGAUGCUGCUCAGACCCACAUUUACAUGCUGAUGAAAAAGGACUCUUAUGGCCGCUAUUUAAAAUCUCCCAUAUACAAGGAAAUGCUGGCCAAGGCUGUUGUGCCACAAGAGGCUGUCAAAAAAAGCUCCGCUUUCCCGUUCGGACGCCGUCACCUCCGCUCCAGCCCCAGCCCCGUCAUCCUGAGGCAGCAGGAGGAAGAGGCCAAAGCCAGAGAAGCCGCCACGACUGUGGACAUCACGCAGGUCAUGAGCAAGCUGGAUCGCAGGAGCCAGCUCCAGAAGGAACCUCCCAAGUAG